ACCCUCCUUUCCCUCCUUCCACCAUCAUGCCCCUUCUGCCUUCUUCCCUUACUAUGCCCUCUGCGACUGGGCUGUACUCUCGUCGAUGUAUGCCACUCAACAUCUUCUACCAUCGGCCGCAAGCCUCGACGACGUCUAUGCCACAUUUAUUUAAGACUUGCGCCACACUUCGAGUCUGUGGCCAUUCCUCAGGUCCGCCGUGUCUGUCUUUUAUCUCUCGUCCCUAUGCUGUCCCUCUGCGUGUCCGCCGUGAGACGUUGUGCCGUGGUGUCAACCUAUCGCUACUGGCAUGGGUAGCUCUUCCAACACCGCGAUACGAGUGGACUUCCCCACCAACGUUCGUCAAGAUACCUCUAGACCUCAAGAGUCGACGACGAGGUCGAACCUCAAGACCGUUGAUGUGUCUUUGGUUAUGUGGGACGAGUGCCGGCUCAUCAAGUGAAUCCGGUGGCGUGGUGUCUCGCGAGAACAUGCAUACUUGUGCGGUUGGGCAACCGUCGCGUCUCCCUAACUCGCUCUGGCUAGAGCGAGUGCGCAGCGCGACAGUAGGAGGCGUCCCCUCCCACGGGCCUCGCCCACCCGCGUCGCGCAGGGCGUCCUAACCUUUGCAGCUGCUCUUCUUCCUCCUCAAGCUCCCGGACCUCAAGACCGUCAAGACUGGCUCAUCAAGACCAAAGAGGACUAGGCGACCUGCGGAGGGUUUGGGUGGCUCUCAUUCCCGCCACAUUCCGGAAGACCUCG